UACGGUAGGCCAGUCCUUUAUCAGUUAUCGGUGACGUUUCAGUUCCCUGUUUUUUAAUGCUCGUAGACGACCGUACGCGGAGAGGACGCUUCACCGAAUCGGAUGUUCGAGCAAGAUAAUGAGUUUAAUAGAGACAAACAUCGAAUGUUGCGGCAACGAUCGACCCCGAGAGCUCACUCAGAACCCCUUGAAGAAAAUAUGGGUGCCAUUCUGCAGGAACGGCCUUGCGGAGAAAAACACUAAACAGAGAAAGGUAUGUAUGACCAACUGCCCAACGCUUAUAGUUACCGUGGGACUACCAGCCAGAGGAAAGACCUACAUCUCCAAAAAACUCACACGCUACCUCAACUGGAUUGACGUUCCAACAAAAGAGUUUAAUGUUGGGCAGUACAGACGAGAAUGUGUGAAGAUCUACAAAUCCUUUGAGUUUUUUCGGCCGGACAAUGAAGAAGGCCUACAAAUCAGGAAACAAUGUGCAUUGACAGCUCUCAAUGACGUAAGACAGUACCUCACAGAUGAAGGUGGCCAAGUAGCGGUUUUUGAUGCCACAAACACAACAAGAGAGCGACGAGAGACAAUCCUAAGAUUUGCAGAGCAGAAUGGUUUUAAGGUUUUCUUUGUAGAAUCUGUAUGUGAAGACCCAGAUGUUAUUGCUGAGAACAUUGUGCAAGUGAAGUUGGGCAGUCCAGACUACACGCACUGUAAUACAGAAGAUGCUGUCGCAGACUUCAUGAAGAGAAUUAAAUGUUAUGAGAACUCCUAUCAGACGCUGGAUGAGGAGCUGGACAGGGAUCUUUCCUUUAUUAAGAUAAUUGAUGUCGGACGGCGGUACCUUGUGAACCGAGUCCAGGACCACAUACAGAGCCGAAUAGUUUAUUACCUCAUGAACAUCCACAUCACACCCCGCUCCAUCUACCUGUGCCGGCACGGAGAGAGUGACCUGAAUCUCAAAGGUCGUAUCGGAGGUGAUUCAGGGCUUUCGGCCCGGGGAAAGGAGUUUGCUAAGGCUAUGGGUCAGUUUAUCCAGUCACAGAAUAUCCGUGAUUUGAAGGUGUGGACGAGUCAGAUGAAGAGGACAAUACAGACAGCAGAAGCUCUGGGUGUGCCAUACGAACAGUGGAAAGCUCUUAAUGAGAUAGAUGCUGGUGUUUGUGAAGAGCUCAUGUAUGAGGAGAUACAGCAGAAAUAUCCUCAGGAAUUUGCAUUACGUGACCAGGACAAAUAUCGCUACCGCUAUCCCAAAGGAGAGUCUUAUGAAGACUUGGUCCAGCGGUUAGAACCUGUGAUCAUGGAGUUGGAGCGUCAGGAAAAUGUUCUGGUUGUUUGUCAUCAAGCUGUCAUGAGAUGCCUGCUGGCCUACUUUCUGGAUAAACCUGCAGAGGAACUGCCCUACCUGAAAUGCCCUUUACAUACAGUAUUGAAGUUAACACCGGUGGCCUAUGGUUGUAAAGUGGAGUCAGUUUGUUUGAAGGUGGAAGCUGUGAAUACACAUAGAGACAGACCAGCGAAUGUUAAUGUACAUCGCACAGCUGAAGAUGCCUUGCAGACUGUCCCACCUCAUCUUUGACCUACAGUCACUCCUCUGUAUCAUCUCCAAACCGGCUUCGCUGUUUCAACUUAGCCUUCCACUGACGGUCGCCUGGUCAACUUUUGCUCUGUAAUACUGAAAGAGUCAUUUCUGUACUGUAUGUUAUGUGCUGGUUGUAUAUAGUGUGGCGGAUUUUGGAGUUCGGGAAAUCGAGUAUAUCUGUAUUUAAUAUGCAUAUAUGUACAUACACAAAUUUAAAUGUAUAUACAUUAUACCUAUGGGUAAUAAUGUAUAGGUUUGUUAUUUUGCUGCUCCUCCGAUAUCUGAGCCCUAAUUUUGUCAGAUUUAUUUAAUCUCUCAGUUAUUUUGAGGGAUGGAUGACUAAAUAUGUGCAAGAUGUUUGUGUGUGACAAAGAAACACUCAUUGUGUCAAAGAACAUAACAUUCAGUUUUACUUUAUAAUGGUUUCGGUUUUAAAUGCACCUCCUUCAUAUGAUGAUUGAUGGAGUGUAUGUAUUUAUUCACAUUUUAUAUGCUUUAAAGAUUUAAAUGUAAUACUGACCUUUAUCGCUUGACAUUUAAAUCAGACGACUAUACUGUAUUAAUUCAAGUGUUAUUUGAACGAAAUACUGAUGGUUGAUCAAUUAGGUCAUUUUAUAUCAUGUCAGUUUUUGUUCAGAGAAAUUAAGGUAUACUUCAACUGUAUUUCAAAAUAUCUAGAUGUUUCUUAUAUUGUCAAAUGUUGUAACAAAAUUAUAAUCUUGGUAUAAGUAUUAAAAACAAUAAAUGGCUUUUCAGGGACCAUUAAAGGGCACCUAUUAUGCAAAAUCCACUUUUACAAGGUGUUUGGACAUAAAUGUGUGUUGGCAGUGUGUAAACAAAACACACCCUACAAUAAAAAAAAUCCAUUAACUCUUGUUAAUGUGAUGUCACACUGACAAAGCUCCGCCCACAGCAACUGACUGACUGGUAAUUUUACACAAAGCUUUCUAAAUGUGUCUGUUAGCACGUUAAAUAUACUAUUGUCUCCGUCUGUAUUCACAGGAAUCACAUCUAUGUUAACCAAAAGCGCUCACUGACUGUUGGUAAGGAAGUGAGUUUGCAUUUAAAGUUACACACAUGAAACAGCACUUUUUGACACGCUAUAACGAAUGAUCUGUGAGGUAUUUUGACAUAAAACUUCACAGACACACCUAAGACUUACAUUUUCGAAAAUGAACAUAAUAUGUGCCCUUAAAAAGUUUAUAGCAACUUUCUCUCCAGCUUAUAAAAUAACUGACAAUUCUCUAGUAUUACCUAAAAUGAUACGAUUUAUCUGAGGCUGUCCAAUGUUGCUAUCCAAUUUGACCGGUGUGAUAUAUUGUUACCUCCAAUGUUACCUCAAACAAUGUCCAAAGCACACUGUAAUAUAGUGUAAACUUAAGAUCAUCAUUUAAAAUUGGAUUUUUGAAAUAUGAAUCAUGUAUUAUUAUGAUUGUUUGGUGCAACAAAUACAGAAAUAUGUACAAAAUAUGAUUUAGGAUGUUAGAUGUUACCACAAUUACAGAUUAUAAGUCAUUGAUCUGAAUUGUAUUUUAAAGUAUAAUUGGAUCACAAAGUAAUUUGUGUAAGAGCCAGAUAAUCUAGUUUCAAUGGUUAAUACCAAAACUGAUGUCCAGAAUUUCUGGAAUGUGUUGAAAAUGAUGAUUCAUUUGUAUGUGUUGUAAUGCCAUGUCUUUGAAUAAAACAUUUGUGGUGAU